AUGGAUCCUUCCGAGAACAGCCGGAAUGCCAACGUGGACAACUCUCAAUCUCAAAGGGAGACAAGGGACCUGGAGGGUGCCCAGGUCUCCAGAGCUGAGGCAGGGGAAGCAGAGGCCAUUGCCACCACCUCAGAUGGGCUGGGUUCAUCUCAAAAUGCUCAGAGAGCUUCCUCUCCCUCCACUGCAGGGGUACUAUCUGUUGAGGCUUCUGGCAGCCAAAUAGAAGGGUUGGACCCUGACUCUCCUAGGCCGGAAAUAAUCAAUAGCAAAGCUGUCGAUUUAGUUCUCUUCUUGCUCCUUAAGUAUAGGAGAAGGCAGCCGACAUGUAAGGCAGAAAUUCUGUAUAUGGUCAUGCGAGGUUAUGAGGAGCACUUCCCUGUCAUCUUUACUAAGGCGUCUGAGUGCUUGAGAUUCACGUUUGGCAUUGAAAUAAUAGAAAAAAACCCCCGUCUCCACUCCUACUCUCUUGUCCAUGCCCUCGGGCUCACCUAUGAUGGUAUGCGUCAUGGCUUUCCAGGCGUACCUAAGGUAGGCUUAGUAAUCAUCGUGCUGUGCAUCAUCUUCAUAGAGGACAACUGUGCCAGCGAGCAGGAGUUGUGGCGCAUAUUGAACAACAUGGGGCUCUAUGCAGGGAGAGAUCAUUUUGUGUAUGGGGAUCCGGGAGUCCUCAUUUCUGAGCAUUUUGUGCAGGAGGGAUACUUAGAAUGCAGAGAGGUGCCAGGCAGUGAUCCUCCUACCAAAGAGUAUCUGUGGGGCCCGAGGGCACAUGCUGAAACCACCAAAAUGAAAGUACUGAAGUUUUUUGCCAGCAUCUUUAAACAGGAUCCCAGAUCCUACCCCACUAGGUAUGCAGAUGCUUUGAAAGAUGAGAUAGAGAGGGCCUAG